AUGAGGGCAAAGAGUGAACGCGUCUAUAAGCCUGGCGCGAAGGAGGAAUGGCGCGUCGUGUACUGGAUUUACCCGCAAGAGAAACUGAAAAACAAUCGCAAACAGGUCUCAUUCUCAUCGAUUAAAUAUGGCGACCAGGGCGCGCAGAAUAAGGCGUGGGCGGUGAUUCGCUACAUAAACCAUUACGGCCGCGUCCCGGAGGACAUCAAGAACCCGCCCAUGACUCUGGAGGCGUGCUGCAACUUGUGCUACCCGCACUGCAUCAAGGAGCACGUCUCGUCGUGUCCCAACUGCGUAGAUCCGCCGACCGAGCGGUAUCACCACGGCGGGGGGUCGCCGGUCGUCUCAGCCGCGAGCUCCUCUGCGAAUCCCUCGCCCUCUACGAGCAGCGCCGUCUGGCGCCAGAAGAAGCCGAGCGCGGACAGAACCGGCUCGGGGGACGAGGGGGGGGCGCAGGGCCCCAGCGACGGGUCUGUCCACGCUCGCGGCGAGGCGCACCCGCACCCCCCCCACGACGGCGACGAGGACGACAGAGAAGAUGAUGGCGCUUCAUCGCUCCCUGACCUGACGCCUCAGGACUCGCUCUCCCCCGUCCUCAGCGCCGCGGCGACCUGCGACGCGCCUCGCGGGCUCGUGGACAGAUCCAGGGGCGCGCGAGAGCGCGGGAGCAAGUCGCCGGCGCCUGGCGACGGCGGCAGCAGACGCGGCUCCAUUGGAGGCAAGCCCCAGACGGGCGGGGCGACCGCCUCCCCGUUGCUCGGCCUCAGAAAGACGCAGCAGCCGUGCGCCUCUCCGGCGACGGCCACCAAUCCCAAGCUGCGGAGUGCGUCGAGCAGCAGAAGAAGCAGCGUCUCUCUCCGCGGAGGAGGCGCUGGGUCCACUCAGGCGAGCGGGGCGGCUGCUGCCGGCCGCGUAGCCCCGAGAGAUAGGAGCGCCACAGAGUCCGAGCGCCUCGGCACCGACGACGCAGAUCUCGGCGAAGACUUCGCGUCUUCCCCAGAUAUCGCCAGCGUGGCAAGCAGCGCGUGCUCGCCAGCGCUCGGGGGUGUUCCCUCUGGCGGCCGAGGGACUUCACGCGCGAAUCCGCCCUUCUCUCCUCUCCUUCUUCCCGUGCCUGCUCGCCCAGUGGGCGCCCUGGAGUCGGGCGCCGGAGACGGCGCGCGGGCGCCUGGCGCCCCACCGACCCGGUCGGCGUCCAGCCGCGGAGCCGCGCCCUACAUGAGCCCCGGUCUGCCCCCCCCCCACGCGCCGGGCGACAGAGAUGUUCGCGCGACGGCAGCGGGAUCUGCCGUCGAUGGGGCUGCAACAGGCAGUCGGAGCAGCAAAAUGUCGCCUGUGUUGGCCCGCGAAACUCGCGCACAAAUGUCUCCGCGUCCCCAGCGGGCGUGGUCUCAUCAGGGCGACCAGCCGAGUUCUCUGUCGCUGCCUCCCUCGAGUGCCUUCCCCUUGCCGUCUUCGUCCGCUGCAGCGUCGCAUCCGCGACGGGAGGGAUCGUCUGCCUCCUCUUCUCCCGACGCUGGCGACGACGAAGCGUUUCAGACGCCGCCGCUGCCUGGGCGGGGGGGCGGUGCCCCCCCGCCCGGCCGCUCUCUCGUAGCUAACGCUGUCCAGCAGCUCUUGAGUGGAUCUCUCUUGCGCGGCGGAGGGUCCAAGAACGAGGAGUCAGAGAACGCUUCACGAGCCGAUCCUGGGCGGGCUGCAGGCGCCGGGGGUCCGCAUCGGUCCCCAGAUUUCGCGACCGCGUCCGCAGAGGAGAGGCGAGACGCACUCGCCUCUAGCGCAGAGACGCUUUUGCAGUCGUUGAAGAAAGGGGCAGUGAAACUCGAGCAGCACCAUGCGGCCUCGGAGGCGGCCUCGUCGCCUGCCCUCGCAUCCACUGCGGCUCUCCUGGCUGCAGUAGCUCUUAAGGUCAAAGAACGACAAAAUGUCAAGGGCACACCGGGCGGGGACGCAGAGUCGAGCGCGCUUUCGGCCCAGAACGAUACUGAAAACCUCCGCGGAGCCUCGGCGUCUUCGGCGUCUGGCGCAGCUUCCGUCGCGUCCGAGUCCGCGCGGGGGAGGUCGUCACCCCUCUCCACAACUCCGGUGUCUCCUCGGCCUGCCCCUGCAGCCGCAGUCGCGGGGGGACGGGCGCAGCGGGCGUCUUCGGGGGCGAGCGGCGGUCCGGGGGCAGUUUGGCGGGCAGCCGGCGCCAGCCGACCGAAGGCCGCAGCUGGCGCUGCGGGGAAAGACAAGAAACCGGUCGCGGAGCUGCCUGAGGACGAGGACCCAGACGAGCAAAUCCAACGCCUGCAGCGCUUCCUGAGCGCCAACGGCAUUGCUGUAUCGGAGGCGCUGCAGGCAGCCGCGGCUGCCGCCGCGUCGGCACGAGGCUCUCGUGGGAAGCCGUUGUUUCGUACUGCCGAGGGAAACGAGAAAGCACUCGCUUCCGCGCGCUGCCGAAGCGCGACGGGGCCCACUCCCAGUGGCGGCUCCUCUCGAUGCUCACAGCGGGCGCGUGGCGGGAACGCGCGCCCUGGGGCGGAGGCGUGGAGGCCGACUUCGUGCUCGCAGCAGGCUGCUGUCCAGCCCGGAGGCCCUGCGUCGCUCCCGCACCGCAGGACGGGCGGCGGUGGGGCUGUGGGUGUGGAGUGCGGCUCGGGGGAGAACGGGGUCGAGAAGGCUGCUGCAGAAGGCGAGGAGAAGAAAGACGAAGGUAUGGUGAACGUGUAUCAAGUGUACGCCCAGCAUAUCUUGAAUGACAUGGUUCAGAGUCAGGUGGCUGGCGCGCGCGACCAUCCUGACCCGUUGAAGGAGCUGCUGCGCGUGUCUAAUUUCUUCGCCAUCGACGCAAAGAAGCGACUCCUGCAAAGAACAGGGGGCGGGGGGAGCUGGAGGACGAGGCGCGGAGACGAGUCGGACUUGGUCAGGUCCGCCUUCGCCUCCCAGGGCAGCAGCAGGGCGGGCGAGAGCCCUCCCCUCAGUCCAGAGCGCCGGGCUGAAUCGAGAGCUCCCACGCCCCCGGUCGACUUUGUCGGCGCCGCGGGGUUGCCGCCGCUCACGUCGAAUUCGCGCGCAAGAGGAGGCGGCGUCUCCUUCCCGGUCUCGGGCCCCACGACGCGGAUGACAACACGCGCGGCGACGCGGGCGAGCCGGGGCGGGUGCGGCGGCGCAUACGGAAAUGGAGCGGGGGGCGACGAGGAGAAGGAGACUCCGUGGAUGUGCAACGGCGUUCCCGUGAGCUGCAAAGACCCUUUCCUCAGUGAGGACAAGGACACGCAGCAGUACUACAACUGCAGCCAACAGGUGGGGAACGGGCCGGAGGGCUGCGCCAACGUGGGCGACCGGGCCUCGCGGCUGGGUCUGGGUGUCGGCGGACCUGGCGGCCUCGGCUCCGGGGGCUCGGGCAUCCAGACCCGGCGCCAGGGCCAAAGAAGUGCGGCGGCGGGGCGGAGCGGUCGAGACGAAGGCGAGGAGAACGUGAGCGGAGCCGGGAAGCCGACGGAGGAGGCUGCGGAGGAGGAGGACCGCGAGGGAAAUCCAGACCCCACGACCUUCAACUUGCAGUCGAAUUCUGCGAUUCGUCAGCAGAAAGCCGCACUGAAGCUCCUGAGAGAAAUAUCGCAGUGGGGGUGGAAGUCGAUUUAUGAACACGAAGACUUCUUCCUGGAGCAACUUGUAAAAAAACAGCUCAAGACCGCGGAGCGCAUGCUGGAGAACGAAAUCCUCAAGCAUUCUUUCCCGCAGCUUCUCCCCGUUCUGGGCGUCGAGGAAGAACGCGGUAAGGCGAAGCUCCCCAAGGGGCGAACGGAGCGGAAAGACGGCCGCAUGGGGGGGGACUACGGGCGCGAGGCGCGAGCCUGGAUUCGGACGCUGGGCGAUGAUCAGAAGCAGGCCAACGGCGUCUCGGGCCCCGCCGAGGAAGAGGACGACAAUGACGAGGGCAGGGAGACGGGUGAGAACUCGCUGUCGCCUCACCGCGAGGUCCGCAUCGAGCCGGAGGACUUCUUUCCGGGCUGCGACUCGCCUCUGCGCUGGGCAGCACGGCGAGACGGCGACGCGGCGGCACCGGGCGACGCCGCGCGGGACGGCCGGCGGGGCUCCGUCGCUUCAGAUGAAGACCGAUGGAAAGGCGAGCUGAUUGUGGAGCCAGAACACCACAUGAUUCACGGCCCGGGCGGGCGAGACCAGUCGCCGACGCGCCCCGAGGGGCUCGCCGCCGCUGCGCGUCGGAAGGCCCGUCCAGGGGCCCCAGCCGCUGGGGGCUCUGCCGCCCGCAGUCCGUGCAGGUCCUCGUCCCGCCUCGCAGGUGCCUGGAUGUCCGACGAGGGUGCCGUGGGCGCAGAGGCGCCGGUGGCGGGUUCUCUGUGUGAAGCGACAGCGAAACGGUAUCUGGAGAAUCCCGAAGAAUAUGGGCGUCAACCGGCGCCACAGGGAGACAAGGGCCGCCCGUUCUUCAUUAGCGUUGCGGAGGCUCUUGCCGCAUCGAAGCGCGAGAGCGGAGCCGGGCGGCGCCCGUCGCGCGGUGGAGAGCCCGGCGACGACGGAGAAGGCUUCGAGGCCUCUCCUAAGGACAAAACGCCGCUCAGUCUCGAGUGCCUCGCGCGCCUGCUCGCCACGGCCGCAGCGCACCAACAGAGGGCGGGCGCCAGUCCGGAGACUUCCUCGCGCUGGCGGCCGCGACUGGAUCCGGUUGAAUCUGGAGCCCGGAGAAGCUCAGGUUCUGAAACGUCUGGAGCAGCCGGCGGUCCGCACGCGGGCGCCAAGUCGCGGUACGGGACGCGGUCCAGCCCGUACCCACCAGCGCAGGCCGCGGCGCCGCAGCUGCCGGCCUCGUCGGGGCUGCCUGGCAAGAGCGACGCGCCGAGCGCCUCCGAGGACGGCAGACGAGGAGUCUCGCUUCCAGUGAAGGCGUGGCUGGAGCGCUUGCUUACGGCAGCCCGCCAAACGGGGCCGAGGAGCGGGACGGGCGAGACGACCGGCACGUCGUCGCGGUCGCCUUCUCCGUCGCCGCCCCUCGCCAAGUCAGCGCCGGGGUCCUCGUGCGCGUCUGCUCUGAUUGAACAGGUCACUCGUCUCCUCUUGCAGCGACAGGAGGAGAGGCGGGCGGCACACAUGCGCGAGGUUGAGCGGAAGCUGGUUCAGAUGCGCGACGAGCAACGCGACCGGGCUCGCGUGAAUGCCCAGCUGGCGCUGGAGGCGGUGGAAGGGCGGGCCCAUGGGGGGUUCUCGGCCGUGUCGCGUCUCCUCGAGAAGGGUGAGAAGGCCCUUUGGCAAGAGCGGAUGGCGACAGCCGCAGGCUUCCCAGGCGGGGGGCGCGGCGGCCCUCCAGGCGCGCCGCCGCGGAAAUUGCAGACGCCAGGUAGCGCCUCGGCGACGCGGUCCACGGGCCCCAGUUCAGGGGGGAUGGGAUUCGCAGACCCGGAGGAUAGGACCGAGCGUCGAGCGCCGGAAAGCAAUCUGUCGUCUGCUUUGCUCGCCGUUCAACAGUGCCUGUGCAGCCGAGAGAGUGCCCACAAACCGAGCGAUAAAGACAGACAGCGCGGCGGACGCCUGGGUCUCGAGGAGGCCGCGAGCGCGCUUGACGGGCUUGCGUUGGGAAAUGAGGAGGUGGGAGGAGGGGCGAAGUGCAGUGGCAGGGGCGCGCUUAACAGGAGUCAAGGGAGAGAAUCGAAUGCUGACGAAUGGAAUCCGGGGAGACCGGAGCCGAUGAGUGCAUGGAAACACCGGCGUGUCGCGGAAAGCCCGACAGGCGUGGAGUCCCGCUCGCCUGGCUCCCCAGGGGACCCGGCCAUGGAGCUGCUGUCGUCUGCGGCACCGAAUGGGCGAGGCGACGCUGCAGGCAGGGGGAUGCACACGCCUGCGUGGACGAUAGAAGAGCGAGGUCGCCCGCAGGUUGCGGGUUCGCACGAAGGCAGUCUCCAGUCGCGCGAAGACAGGUCACACUUUCAGGACGAGCCCCUCGCCGGCGUCGCUAUGCCAGCUCCCUCGGCGCGACGCCGCGAAGCUUCCAUCGCCGCCGGGGCGGAGGCGGGGGAGGCGCUGGGAGAGGGCAGACCCGAAUCGCCUGAGGGGACGCGGAAGAGACUCAGAGACGCGUUUUCCGCGGCUCUUGAAGGGGCGAUGCCAAACGUUGACGCGAAGCGCGCGAGGAGCGACGGAGACAGUCUGCCGACAGCGAGAGACGCGCCUGAGUCGGACGCGCCCCGUGAGCUGCGGGGAGGCGCGGCCUACGGCGACGGAGCGGGCGGCGCCAGCACGGAGGACAUCAACAGCAGCAGUAGUUCCGGCUGCUUCUCGCCGCCGAAUGACGCGAGGGGUCCGAGCUGCUGGACAGGUGAGGACGCCUCCACGCGGGAAGGAAGCUUGGCAACCUCUUUCGCUUCUUCCUCUGUCACCCUGGCGACGGGUGUCGAGGAGAAGGCAGCAGCGUACAAGAACUAG